GUUGCACAGACCUGAGCUCCAGGGCAGGACAUGACUUCCAGGACCGCCCCACGGCUGAUGACGCUCCAGAGACACCUGGGAUGGCCGCAGGUGAGGAGCUGGCUUGUUCCCUUGGAAUUCCCGCUGGUGACAUGGCGACUGAGAGCAGUCCACUGACCACACACGUACUAGACACUGCCUCGGGGCUCCCUGCCCAAGGCCUCUGUCUCCGUUUAUCUCGCCUGGAGGCCCCUGCCCAGCAGUGGAUGGAGCUGAGGACAAGCUACACGAACCCGGACGGUCGCUGUCCUGGGCUCCUGACACCAGGCCAGAUAAAGCCAGGCACCUAUAAGCUGUCCUUCGACACAGAGCGCUACUGGAAAGAGCGGGGUCAAGAGAGCUUUUACCCAUAUGUAGAGGUUGUUUUCACUAUUGCAAAGGAGACCCAGAAGUUCCACGUGCCUCUGCUGCUGAGCCCAUGGUCCUACACCACCUACCGGGGGAGUUAGUUAGAGUGACAUUACCUGAAGAAAGCCAUCUGUCCGCCUGUCCCCUCUCCCGGACUCAGCCACCCACACAGGUCACCAGCAUGGGCUUUGUCCUCACAAGGGACACGAGGUUGCUGCUUGCUGAAGAGAUCCUAGCUGCCUUGGAGUUUUCUAGCAGGGAGCUGUGACUUCAGUGUCAAUAAAGUGAGUCCCAGCACCUGCAGAUCUGAGCCUAUCAUUG